UUCAAUUACGCUCUCCCAAUAAGGGUAAUGCCCAAAACUCUCCCUCCCAUGGCGUUUCUCUGCAACUGAUUUUUUGAUUUUAUGACUGCAAACCUUUUCAUGGAUUCAUCAAGCCAAAACUCUAAUUCGCCAACCUCUAAUCAGGUCGAUGCUUCUCUCCAAUCCGCCCUUCCUCCCAUUCCUUCAAGCUCUAACCCCACCGCAGCUCGUCACUCCAAUUUGAAUCCCAACAUUGUGCAAAACCCUACUUCAGAUGCCAAUUCAGUCCAUGAUCACUUUCUUUUUGUGGCGAUACCCAAAGGCAAAAGGCGAGGCCGGCCCCGGAACCUGACACCACACCAAAACCAUGUAAGGCUGUCUUCUCUGUCUCUCAAUAGCGGCGUGAGUACUACAGGGGCUUCUUUGGAAAGUUCUAGUUCAGGCCAGGUUAUUAGGACUAGGCUGCAUAGCCGAGGCAGUCUAGCGUCGAAGAAACAUGGAUCCAGUUCAAAUUAUGCUACUCCGGCAAAGAAAAGUGUGGACGACAUGUCUGAUGAGAUCAUCGUGAUAAAUAAGGAUGCCACUGCUGAGGCAUUGACUGCGCUUACAUCCGGAUUCCCGGCUGAUUCGCUUACUGAUGAGGAAAUAGAUUAUGGGGUUGUUUCCGUGGUGGGAGGAAUAGAACAGGUUAACUAUAUAUUGAUUAGGAAUCAUAUAAUUACUAAGUGGCGUGAGAAUGUGUCGAGUUGGAUAACGAAGGAAAUGUUUGUGGACAUUGUGCCAAAGCAUUUUGGGGCACUAUUGGAUAGGGCUUAUGGUUACUUAGUUACACACGGGUAUAUUAACUUUGGGGUGGCGCCUGGAAUAAAGGAGAGGAUUCUGGUUGACCCGAAACAACCAAGUGUGAUAGUGGUUGGGGCUGGGCUUGCGGGCUUGGCUGCUGCAAGGCAGUUGAUGGCUUUUGGUUUUAAGGUUACAGUCUUAGAGGGUAGGAAGCGUGCUGGAGGGAGAGUGUAUACAAAGAAAUUAGAAGGUAACAAUAGGGUAGCAGCUGUGGAUUUGGGGGGGAGUGUGCUAACAGGCACUCUGGGGAAUCCACUUGGGAUUCUGGCUAGGCAGUUGUCGUUCUCACUUCAUAAGGUGAGGGAUAAGUGCCCUCUAUAUAGAGUGGAUGGGACACCUGUUGAUCCUGUAUCAGAUCGGAAAGUAGAGGCUGGUUUCAAUCAGCUUUUAGACAAAUUAAGUAAAAACAGGCAGUUAAUGGGGGAGGUUUCGCAGGAUGUGUCUCUUGGGGCUGCUUUGGAGACGUUCAGGGAUCCCUUAGAUGAAGAGGAAAUGAACUUAUUUAACUGGCAUCUCGCAAACUUGGAAUAUGCAAACGCCAGUCUGCUGUCUAGGCUUUCAUUAGCCUUUUGGGAUCAAGAUGAUCCAUAUGAUAUGGGAGGGGACCAUUGCUUUCUUCCUGGUGGAAAUGGAAGACUGGUUCAGGCAUUAUUGGAGAACGUUACUAUUCAUUAUGACAAAAUUGUCCAGGCCAUCCGUUAUGGCAGUGAUGGGGUGCAGGUUGUUGUUGGUGGAGGCCAAGUUUAUGAGGGUGAUAUGGUUCUUUGCACGGUACCCCUGGGGGUUCUGAAAAGUCGGUCUAUUGAGUUUAUCCCUGAGUUGCCUCAGAGGAAGCUUGAUGCGAUAAGGAGACUGGGAUUUGGCUUGUUAAACAAGGUUGCGUUGCUCUUUCCCCAUGCAUUUUGGGGGACUGAUCUAGAUACAUUUGGCCAUCUCUCUGAUCAUCCUAGCCGUCGAGGAGAGUUCUUUCUUUUCUAUAGCUAUGCAACCGUUGCUGGUGGUCCACUUUUGAUAGCUUUAGUAGCAGGAGAAGCUGCGUACCGGUUUGAGACUGCAGAUCCUACUGAUUCUGUGCAAAGAGUGCUUCGGAUUCUAAGAGACAUAUACGAGCCACAAGGCAUUGAAGUCCCAGAUCCUAUUCAAACUGUCUGUACAAGAUGGGGAGGUGACCCCUUAAGUUGUGGUUCUUACUCGAAUGUUUCAGUUGGGGCAUCAGGAGAUGAUUAUGAUAUUUUAGCAGAAAGUGUGGGGGACGGGAGACUUUUCUUUGCUGGCGAAGCUACCAAUCGGCGUUAUCCAGCAACCAUGCAUGGCGCUUUGCUUAGUGGGUUCAGAGAAGCUGCCAAUAUGGCUCAAUAUACUAAAGUUAGAGCAUCAAAAAUAAAAGCUGAGAAGAUUCCAUCACAAAAUGCACACACAUGUGCUUCUAUUCUUGCAGAUUUAUUCAGGCAGCCUGAUGUGGAAUUUGGCAGUUUUGCCUUGCUAUUUAGUAGAAAAAAUGCUGAUCCUAUGGCUAUUUUGAGGGUUACAUUUGGUGGACACAGAAAGAAACCGGAUCAGCAAUUUUCUAACAAGUUACUUUUUGAGCAACUUCACUCUCAUUUUAAUCAGCAGCAGGAGUUUCAUGUUUACACACUGCUACCUAAGCAACAAGCCCUCGAGCUGAGAGAGGUAAGGGGAGGUGAUGAGACUAGGCUAAAUUACCUUGAGAAGGUUGGUGUCAAGCUGAUUGGAAGAAAGGGUUUGGGGCCAUCAGCGGAUUCCAUAAUUGCUUCGGUUAAGGCUGAGAGGAGCAGCCGCAGGCGCAGCCGUAACCGCAAUCCUUCUUUAUCUGGAAUGCCAAAGCCGCGAGUAGCUGCCACCAACCCUAGACAGAUUAGGAAGGCUAAAAUUAUACGGCACAACAACAACAUAUUUUCCAGCCCAAGCAAAAAUAUCGAAAGUAAAGCUGGCAGCAGUGGCAGUCUUGCAGAGUCUAGGAUAUUGGUCAAUAGUAAUGGCUCAGAUACUGGAGUAAGAGCAGUUAUGAGUAAUAAAGACCAACCUCCUCCAAACUCACUUGACUGUGUUGACUCUACUAGUGAAAGUACAUGCCCUAUCUCUCAAAAUAAUGGGCAUAAUAAUGGUAUAGCAACUCCUUUGGGUCUUCCAAUCGGGUCAAUGGCGUCAUGCAGCGAUAACAGCCUUGCACCCCCGGAUUCAAAUGAUGUGCUGAUAUUGGCCGACGAACAAAGUUCUACCCCUUCGAACUUUCUUGGCAGCAGCCUGAUUCCUGCCAGUUCAAGCAGCUUAGAGACAGUUUUAAGUGUUACAGACAAUCUGUCUCUGCCACAUGUGGAUGUUCUUAUGGGCUUACCGGGUGAUACCAGUGCUUCCAACACUCAGUUGAUUGGUUGUCAGUCUUCUGAAAUCGAGGCUACAGCAGUAAGCAGAAAUUGCAGCAUGGCACCUUCUAGUUCUAAUCUUCACAGCGUUGGCCCUCAGACUCAAGACAGUGCUAUGGAUAUUGCUGAUAGUAUUAGCUGCAUAUCUAAUCAAGACAACAUUUUUGAAGAUAUCUUGAAUGAAUUGCUUCCUCCUUCUAGCACAAACUCCAGUACUUGGCAAUUCACAGGAAAAUUGUAGGAGUUGAAGUCGGUGUCAAGGACACUCGUUUCUCUGUGUGACUGAAUGAAGUAUAAGACAAAGACAAACUCCAUUUCUUCCUGUAGAUAUGUAGCAGUUCCUAUAAGUUCCCUUUUGCACUACAUGAUUUUUAUUCUUUCUAUAUUGAGAUGUGAGGUUGUCUAUUGUGAUUUUGUCCUAUGUAGAGAUGUAAUUUACUUAUUGUUGUAGUGAAUGCUUUAGUUUUUCCUUCUCCAACUCAAUCCUUGCUGCAGCUUAUUUAAAUUAGGAUGGUUAGUUCCUACACAUUGUUUUUUUUAUAAAGAUUGUCUCUUCCUUUCUUAGGGCCUUUGGGUUGCACCUCUGUAUUUAAUUUUUGAAAGUUUAUGUUACAUUUAAUUGGUUUGUUUAUUAUGAUAAUCUGAGCUUGAAUUUU